AACAAUAUUCAUGUAAUGAAAAUAAUGAGUGAUAAUGAUUUCAUUGACAUUCCAGUUUUAAUUGUGUCUGAUAUCAAGACAUUUUAGUUAAGUGUUGAAGAGGAUUGUUCAGUUAUGAUGAUAUUGUGCUGAUACCUUGUAUGAGGACACCAUUGGAAUGUCCUCCACUACGCAACCGACCCUCGAGCCUCAAAAUGAGACCAGUUUUUUGGCAAACCACAGUAUUUUUUUUGAUAUGGCUGUGCAAUGACGCUGUGUCAAAAAGAAACCACACGCUCAAGCCACGGGUCGUUCUUCCGGAGAACUAUGUCAAAGAAGUGCGACCUCCUGCUCGAAAAGGACAACCUGUGACAGUAGAAUUCAGCAUAUACGUAGUGGACGUCAACUCUAUCAACGUGGAAGACAUGGAUUUUAGAGUGGACAUGUUCAUAAGACAGACUUGGAUCGAGAGCCGACUGCAACUGCCAGAAGAUAUUUUUGAAGAGGGCGACGAUCAUGUGACCCUGCCGCCGGAGUUCUUUGACAAUCUUUGGCAUCCCGACCCGUACUUCCUCAAUUCUAAAGUCACAGGAGGAGCUAUAUACUACCGUCAUCAGUCGGCUGAAAUAGCAGAGUUAACGCACAAGUUCUCGUCCGUCACUCUCUAUCGGAAUCAGACAGUGCGCUAUGCGGCACGGAUGCAUGCCAUCAUCGCUUGCCAAAUGGAAUUUCAACUCUACCCCAUGGACAUACAGUCCUGUCCGAUUUACAUCGAAAGCUUUUCGUACAGUAACCAGAAGGUGAGGUUCCGUUGGAGCGAGGCCGGAGUCACCAUAAACCCGGAGUUGAAGCUGCUGCAGUACCAUAUCGGGGAGCCUCUGAGGCUUGAGGAGACCAAUGGAUACAUGAUUGACAAGGACGGUAACUACUCAAGACUAGUAGUAUACUUCAGAUUUGAGCGACAAAUCGGUCACCAUCUCAUCCAGACGUUUGCUCCAUCGUCCCUAGUGGUCAUGCUGUCGUGGUUCAGUUUCUGGCUGGACUUGGACGCCAUUCCUGGCCGGGUGACCUUGCUGGUUACGUGCAUGUUGACUCUGGUUACCAUGUUUACUGGCCUCCGAGCUGAUAUACCGCCUGUUGCUUAUGUGAAGGCCUUGGACUUAUGGAUGGCUGGGUGCAUGAUGUUCGUGUUCGCAGCCCUGGGAGAGUUCGUCGUGGUUAAGGUGCUGGAUAAACAGUAUCAAAUGAACAAGAAUAAAGCGCAAGAAUCGUUGCCUAGAAUCAUACCCGUGCGUCUCAACGGCGAUAAGGGCUCGUGUGGCACGGUGGCAGCCUGGGAGGGUAGCGGCGUCAGGUGCCGCAAGGUGGACGUCAUGUCGCCUACGUCCCCGGCGGCGGCGACACCCGCGGUGCACCCCGCGCCCGCUGCGACCCCCCACCUCAUAGGGGUUGAGCGCCGUCAGAGCAUACUUCAAGUAGCUUGGCUGGACGCGGACACGGGCCAGGAGCGUGUGCUGUGGAGGGAGAUCGACAAACUCUCUCGGGUUGUGUUUCCCGCGCUGUUCCUUCUCUUCGUGACCAUGUACUGGCCGGUCCUUCUACUGAAGACCAAGACGUCUUCAUAACACAUAUAUGGAGCAUCUCAUUAAGUCGUCAGCUGAAA